AUGAUAACAUUUACUUCAUCGAAAAGUCGAUUCUCAUUAUAUUAUUUGGAAGAGAGUGAGAAGUACUUGCAGGAUCUAUCAGCGAAGGUUCGAUAAAUCAAUAUGCUGAAAGGGGAGGAAAGGUAUUUACAGAUUGCUAAGAUUAGAUUGGAAAGAGGAAAGGUUCAUAUAUGCUCAAGGACUCUGAUUUUUGAGCCGGAGAAAUAAGAGUUACCCAUUUAGAAAUUGUUCUAUAGAAUGGUCACAACCCCGAUCAAGCAAACCAAUUUCAUUAGUUUUAGGAUAAAGAGGAUUAUUGAGAUUUUCACCUAGGGUCCUCCUUCACCUUACAUCUAUUAAGAUGAUGUUGAUUUUGAAAUCCAAAUAGAACCACUAUUUGAUAAUGUCAAGGUGGUUCAUGAUCUGAUUGAGAAAAUAUAAUAGAUCAAUCAAUAGAAAAAUGAUGUUGAAAGUGAAGUUGAGAAGUUGGAUUCUGAGAAAUUGCAAAAGGCUAGAUUUAAUAUGAGUUUUGUAGAAUCUGUCAGCGAGAAACCCUUGAUCUAGAAGGAGAUGCUUGUAAGAAGGAUUAUGCCAUUAAUUUAAACCAAAGGUAUUGCGAAUAUUCUAUAGGAGGAAUCAUGUACAUCACCAAUAAGAUAAUUUACUUUCAACCCUUUUUCAAAAUCACCUUAAAACCAUGCAAGAAGAUUGUUAUUGAGUAAAUCAAGGUAAUGUACAAGCGAAGAUUUGAAUUGCUGGACAUAGGUUUGGAAAUCAUUCUGAAGAGUGGGAAGACGAUUUAUUAUGCAUUCGAAAAUCAAGAAAGGAUGGAAGAGGUGUACAAAAUGCUUAUUGGUAUUUAUUCAUAUUAAUUUGAUUAGGAAAAGUGACUAUAGAGGCAGAGACUAGUUUAGAGAAGAUCCAAUAUCUAUGGUAAAGUGGAUAAAUAUCAAAUUUUGAGUAUUUAAUGCGUUUGAAUUAAGCUGGCAAUCGAAGUUCAAGUGAUUUGACUCAAUAUCCAGUGUUUCCCUUAAUCAUUGUCGAUUAUGAGUCAUCUGAAUUAAAUUUAAAUGAUGCAGCUACCUUUAGGGAUCUUAAGAAACCUAUAGGAGCAUUGAAUGAGAAGAGAUUGUAAGAGUUCAAGAAGAGAUAUGAGGAAAUGCCACCUCCAAAGUUCCUGUACGGAACUCAUUAUUCAACUCCAGGAUAUGUAAUUGGGUAUUUGGUGAGACAGAAACCACAAUACAUGUUAAAAUUAUAAUCAGGCAAAUUUGAUAAACCUGAUCGACUAUUCAAAAGCAUCAAAGGAGAUUUUAAGAAUGUGAUGAAUAAUACUACGUCAUUGAAAGAGUUGAUACCAGAGUUCUUUAUAGAAGAUGACUCAUUUUUAGUUAACAAGCUGAAUUUAGAUCUUGGAGUAAGAUAAAAUUAGAAGAAAGUUGGAGAUGUUAAAUUACCAAAAUGGGCUAAGAGCGCUAAGGAUUAUCUUAGAUUAAAUAGAUUAGCAUUAGAGAGUGACUAUGUUAGUAAUGAAUUACAUCACUGGAUAGAUUUGAUAUUUGGAUACAAACAAAAGGGACCUCAUUCAGUCGAAGCCAAUAAUGGUAUUGUAAAACAUAAUUUAUUGUUCUUUAGUUUUCCAUUAUCUAACCUAUGAAGGUACAGUUUAAUUGAGUCAAAUGCAAGAUCCUAUUGAGAGACAGGCAAGCAUCUGCUAAAUAAAUGAAUUUGGGUAGUGUCCAAAGUAGUUGUUCAAAAUCUAACACCCUCCUAAAUGUGCAUUAAGAGCUGGCUAAAUUAUGUACAAAUUUGUUGAGUAGAUUCCAAAAUAGAAGUAAGAGGAAGUUCCUAUAAAUGUUGAUGGUCUGAUGUGGGAAAACUUAGAUAAGAAGAAUCAAUUCAGACAAAAAAUGAUUUAGAAAGUCCAUAAGACGUAUUAGAUUUAUUAAUAUAUUUAGAAAUAUUACAGAUUUGAUAGUAUUGGAGAAAAAGAAUCUAUUGGUUACAAUUGGUUAGGAUGGAUUUCUAAAGGUGAUUGAUUUAAAGGAGUUAAUUGUAUUGAAAUCAUUCAAAGUCGAUGAAUUUUGUUUGAGUUGUAUUGUGACUCUAAAGCAAGAUGAAAUAUUUGCAAUAGGUAGUUGGGGUUCUUAGAUACAUGUUUUCAAUAUAAAUUAUGGAAGCAAAGUGUAAAUGGUCUAGAGAUUCAAUAAUUCAGUUAGUUCUUUGGUGUAUUUGAUGAAGAAGAAAAUUUUAAUUACAGGUUCAUGGGAUUGUUCUUUAAAGAGAUUCGAGUGUUCUGAAAAUCAAAUAAAAUAAGACAGUGAAGAAAUGAUUGAUGAUUGGGAAGCACAAAUUACACAUAUAGCAGCCACUGAGGAUGAGUCUAUGAUUGCUGUUGGUGAUAUUGAUGGCAGAGUCAUUACUAUCAAUACUAAUAAUUGGACACAACAGUAACAUUAUGAAAUUAAUGGCGAAAAGAUAGUCAAAUCACUCUUCUUUAGAUCAAGCUUAUUGGUUGUUGGAGAUGCUCAAAUCAAGAUGUUUAGCAACGGGAGUUAAUUAUUGGAUUUUAAAAUAGACAAAAAUAAUGGGCUAAUAACUGACAUCAUUAUUGAUCAUGAUAAAUAUUUGAUAGCAUGUAAAUUAUAUUUACUAUGUAGGCACAAAAAAAGGAUAUGUGGCUGUAUUUUCAAUGGUAUUAGAAAGUAAACUUGGAUAUUUGUUUACUGAUUUCUCAGGAUAGGCUGAUUUGAUUGGAAAUUAAGAUUAGUAAUUCACUAAGAUGAUUCUUAGAAAUAAGACACUCAUUUUGACUAGUCAGAAUGGAAGUCUUAAUGUAUUAUAAUAUUGAAGUUUAUUUAUUACAAAAUUUAUUAGUAAUUUAAAUAUGUAUUCAAUGUUAAUAGAAACUUUUGAGAAAGGAAGAGAAGAAUAUUAAUAGAGAUACGGAAAACGAAAGAUUAAAUAUCAUCUUUGAAGAUAAAGGACAUAUCUGAAUUCACAAAAUCAUAAAAUUUGAUAGUUCCGACUUUGAUUUAACAAUAUUGUAAGCAAAAUUGGCAGAUUAAGCAGAGAAGGAGAAAUUUGAAGAUAAUAUUAUUGGUUCAACAGAUAAGUCAAUCAUGUUCUAGUGUAUGUGAUUGGGAGUAAAAUUGAAUUACUUGAGAAGGCAAUGAAAGAAUUGAUGGAGUAUAAACAUUUUUUAUGUUUUGUAGGAGUAAUCCAUAAUCGUACUUUUUUGUUUUAAUGGGAUUCAAACCUUUAGUUAAUUUGAAGAUUUUCUUAUAAAAGAUGGGUGAAAGUGUUGAAAAAUAGAUUCACAUGUCAGAAUUCAGACUAGAUCAUUAAAUGCAUUGA